AUGGCCACACCAAACAGAAUGGAACUGGCUGUGCCGCUGGUGACGGCCGGGUCACAUGCAGAGACUUCUCCUGAAGACACGGCUUGGUGCUUCUCGCGCAUCACCUUCAGCUGGGUCGGCGGGAUCAUCCAGGAGGGCUACCAGCGUGAGCGGCGCAGGGCUCAGCAGGGAGGAAGCUCAGGGGAUGGCCCUCUGGCUUUGACGGAUGCCGACUUGCUUCAGCUACGAAGUGAUGACACUGCCGAGUGCCUGUCCGAGAAGGCCGAAGGCGCCUUGCAAUCGGAAGAUGGAGAGACGCGGCCAUCCUUGGUCCGUGUGUUGCGGAAAGCAUUUGGUGGGCCUUUUGCGCGGGCAGCUGCUUUCAAAGUGGUGUAUGACAGCCUGCAAAUGGCCGGGCCUUAUAUUCUCAAAGGGUUGUUGGGCUAUUUGAGCCUUUGCAGCAGCCCCAAAUCAGAAGAAUGUACAUUUGAGAACGGGAUGGCCUACGUCCUGCUGAUGCUUGGCAGUGCAGCGUUGCAAACGAUGGUGCUGCAUCAGUAUUUUCACCGAUGCUUCCGCACGGGCAUGAGAUUCAACGUCGCCUGUAUCUCUCUUGUGUACAACAAAGCCUUACGCGUUGAUGGAGCCGGCGGGAAGGCCAAAGACUCAAAGCAACGAACGUCCGGCGAGAUCGUAAACCUCAUGGCGGUCGACUCACAGCGACUUCAAGAUUUCGCUCCGAUGCUCCAUUCUUUGUGGAGUUCUCCGUACCAGAUCACCAUCACCUUGAUCUUUCUUCAUUGGGUGGUGGGUUGGGCAACCUUGGCCGGAGUCCUGGCGACUCGUUUGAACACGGUGAUGCUGGUGCAGAUUCCCGCGGUGGGCUUGGUAGCUCGACGAAUUCGCCUUGCUCAGCGUGCCCUCAUGACAAUCAAGGAUGAGCGGAUCAAGCUCACCAACGAGGCUUUUGGCUCCAUCCGGCUCUUGAAGAUGUACGGGUGGGAGGACUCUUUUGAGACCAGGCUCGACAGCGUCCGCGAGAAGGAGCUGAAGCAGCUCAGGAAAUACCAGAUCCUGAACAUCAUCAGUUCUGCAAUGUGGGCAACGGCACCGAUUCUAACUGCCUUGGCUACGUUUGCCGUGUAUUCGUGGCUCUACAAAGAGCUGACACCCAGCACCGCUUUUACAGCCGUGGCCCUCUUCAACGUCCUGCGCUUUCCACUGACCAUGUUUCCGAACGCGAUAACGAGCGUGGUGGAGGCCAAGGUUGCCAUCAGGCGCCUGGAGGACUUCUUGUGCGCUCCCGAAAUCCCGGGGCGCGCACAGGCGGCGCCUCCAGAAUUUACGGUGCAGGUGCAGGAUGCCGAUCUGGCCUGGCCAAAUGGAACUCCACUGAUCUCAAAAGCCAACUUCUCAGUUCCCGCAGCAGUGGAAGGACAGCAGGCGGCCCACCUGACAGUCGUGUUGGGAGCAGUCGGGGCCGGCAAGUCAGGACUUCUGCAGCUGGGCGAGGCCUUGAUCGGCGACCUGAGCCCCGUCUCCGGAGUUGUAUCGACAGCUGGGCAGAUUGCGUAUACCUCCCAAGUGUCGUGGAUUCGCAACGCCACGGUUCGGGAUAACAUUCUCUUCAACAGCAGCUUCCAGGAGGAUCGGUACAAUGCGGUGAUCAAGGCUUGUUGCUUGCUGCCCGACCUCGAUGCACUGCCCAAUGGGGAUAUGACAGAGAUCGGAGAGAAGGGCGUUAAUCUGUCGGGAGGACAGAAGCAGAGGAUAUCCUUGGCGCGAGCAGUCUACUCUCAGGCAGACCUCUUGCUCUUGGAUGAUCCGCUUAGUGCUGUCGAUUCACAUGUGGCCAAGAAGCUCCUGAAGAUGCUGCGUGGGCCUUUGCUCGCCAGAUGCUCCGUCGUUUUGUGCACUCAUCACCUCCAGGCAGUUCAAAGUGCAGACCAGAUCAUUCUCUUGACCCGGGGCGGCAUGCCCCGGGAACCCUCUGUGGACGAAAGCGAUGAUUCCUUGGUACUUGAGGCAGAGAAUCUGCCGGAGGAGUCGACCCAAGCCGACAAGUCCUCGCGGCCUGUGGCCAAGAUCGCUUUCUGCGGAUCUUUGAGCGCCUUCCGGGAAUCUUUCCCGAAGCUGGUGGCCUCGAAGGAAGCAACAGCACCUCAUCUUGAGCGCCAGGUCAGCGACGACCCCGCCACACCCAAGGAAGCCAAGAGCUCCGAUGGGAAGUUGGUGCAGAAAGAGGAGGAGCAAGUAGGGUCUGUACCAGCUGAAGUCUACGGGGCUUACGUCAGUGCGGCAGGCGGUACCUGUGUGGGAGUGACAGUGAUUUUCGGCAUCUUGCUCGGUCAAGGUCUCCAGUCUAUCGCCGCUGCCUGGCUGUCCUACUGGUCCGACCAUAACAACCCCGAGAACGAGCAUCACGUCACAAGCCUUCAAGGUUUGCUCGGGUACGGCGGUCUCAGCAUCGCAGCCUUUUUGGGCAUUUUCCUGACUAGCGCACUCUUCAGGCUAACAGCCUUGAAAGCCGCACGUACCUUUCAUCGAAAGCUCUUGGCGAACCUGCUUCGGUUGCCGAUGUCUUUCUUCGACACCACUCCGCUUGGACGUGUUCUCAACCGGUUCUCCAAGGACGUCUACACCAUCGAUGAGGUCUUGCAGAACAACUUGUACAGCUACCUUCAAGUCCUUGCCGUUGUUGUGUGCACCAUCAUCGUAAUCUCAGUCGCAACGCCGUGGUUCUUGGCCAUCAUUUUUCCGCUCAAGCGCAUCGAAUCCAAUCUGCGCUCUCCCAUCUUUUCCCACUUCUCGGAGACCUUGGACGGCACAGGGGUGAUCCGCGCCUACGGCCAGCAAGGGAUUUUCAUCGCUGAGAACCUCCAACGUGUGAGCCGAAGUAUGCGGGCCUACUACUCCAACGUGUCUUCAAAUCGCUGGCUCGCCGUCCGACUCGAAAGCUUCGGAGCGGCGAUCACCUUCUGUGCUGGGAUGUUGGCAGUUCUAGGCCGACACACUAUCAGUGCAGGCGUGGCUGGCCUCUCCAUUUCCUAUGCCCUCUCAGUGACGCAGGCCUUGAACUGGGUGGUGCGAAUGGCAGCCGACCGCGAGACGAACAUCGUGUCGGUGGAGAGGGUCCGGGAGUACCUGCGCCUGCUGCCGGAACCGCCUCACCACCAGGACACUGACCCUAGCCCUCAGUCCUGGCCGAAAAAUGGGACCAUUCGAUUUGACGAUGUGUAUCUUCGCUACCGCCCGGAUUUGCCCUAUGUCUUGAAGGGCUUGAGCUUGAACGUUUGCGCGCGCGAGAAGCUGGGCAUCUGUGGACGCACGGGUGCUGGCAAGUCUUCCGUGUUGAACGUGCUCUUGCGGCUGGUGGAGGUCGAGGCAGGCAAGACCUUCUUGGACGGAAUUGACAUCACCACCUUGGGCUUGCACUGCCUGCGCCGCAGCUUGACCAUCAUCCCCCAAGACCCGGUCUUGUUCUCCGGGACCUUGCGCUUCAACCUGGAUCCCGUCGGCGAGGCCUCGGAUGCAAACCUGUGGCUGAGCUUGCAGCGCUCGCACCUGUCGGAUCAUGUGUCGACCUUGGAUGGACAUGACGGCCGCGGUCUAGACAGUGUGGUGGCAGAGCAGGGCAAGAACUUCUCACUGGGCCAGAGGCAGCAGAUGUGCUUGGCCCGGGCGCUGCUUAGAUCCAACAUCAUUCUUUUGCUGGAUGAGGCAACCUCAGCGGUGGACAGAGACACAGACAACCUCAUCCAAGAGACGAUCCGCAGUGAGUUUGCCGACCACACGGUUCUGUGCAUUGCCCAUCGCAUCUCGACCAUCAUGCAUUCCGAUCGAGUUUGCGUCCUCGAGGCAGGGAAAGUCGUGGAACUCGCGUCCCCGCAAGAGUUGAUGAAGAAUGAGUCCUCCCAUUUUGCCAAGCUUGCCAAGUUAGAUUCGGCAUGA